AUGUCAAAAGAAUCACAACCAUUAUUAUCAUAUCUAUGGUCACAACAACUGAAAUAUACUACAGAUCAAGAAGGUGGUAAUAUUGAAGAAAUUAGAGAACUACAACAAGGUCAAACAUCAACUACAGAAAAUGAUUCUACGUCAUGGCUAAAUUGGUUUUGGUUCACUAGUACAACAACUACAAUGCAACCAGAAGAUGAUGAUGAACUAUCUAAUGAUAAUAAACUAUUUAAAGAAUUAAAACUCAAGAUCCAAAAAGAUACAAAAUUAUCAUAUGCUAUUAAAUCAUCAAUACAUAAUUGUGAAUUAUCUGUAUUUGAUACACCAUCAGAGAAUGCACCAGUGAUAUAUACUCCUAAAAAGAAAAUAAAACUGAAUCUACAAAUCGUAGAGAAUCAAAUACGGAAAAAGAAUGACAAAGGAACAAUAUAUCCAAAAUUUGAGGAAAAUUAUAGAUUUUUGACAUGGAGUUCCUUAUUAAGAAUACUAAGUAAGGAUCUAAUAUGUGGUCUUAAAACUGAACAUCAUUUAUAUAAGAAACAAUUCAGUAAGAAAGGCAAGUUCUAUGUGGUUAUAAUUGCAAUUCAUAAUUAUCUACCUAUAAAAUUCACAAGAGUCAACAUACAGAAAUCGAAUGGUAAUUCUCGUGUACUUAUAAAUAAAGCAAAAGAAGCAAUUCAUCAAUAUUUUCAAAACCAAGACAUACAGCUAAAUAUAGAGACAAUUGAACUUGAAGGAAUGAAUAAAAUUGAAGAUUCAGUGGAGGAAUAUUAUAAAUUUCUCAUGAAUUGGAAAGAAAUAAUCAAAAAUUCAGAUUGGUUAUUCAUGUGCACAAUUGCAAACUCAACACCAAUUGGAAUAAACCUCCUAGCUAAACUAGUAGAAUCAAUACAUUUGAAAAAAGUUUCUUUGUUGAACAUUGAUGCUUAUAUUGGUCCCAAUUCAGAUAUAGAAUCUAAAUUAAUAAACAGGGCAUACUCGCAAUAUGAAAAUGAAAUAAUACGACAAAUAUUUGAGUAUAACAAAGCGAAUAGUGACUUGUCAAUCACGUUAAAUCAAUCAAUGAAGAAACUAAUAGACUCGAAUGUGAAGAUAAUCUUCACUGGGAAUGUAAAUGAUAGUUUUGUACCGCUAUAUAAUCAAUUAGGAAUGAAAUACGAUCAUCCAAACAUUUAUCGAAAUUUCAUAAGUCAAGAUUCAAAUUUCAUAACUACUUUAUUUGAUAUAAUUUUGAUAUUGAGGAAUCUUGGAUUGGAAACAGAUUAUAAUUUAAUUUCGAACUUAUCUAACUUUGAAGAAAAUGUGGAAAUUUAUGAAAUUGAGGAUGUUUAUAAAGAAGCUAUUGAAUUUUCAUUGGAAAGUACUAAUUUAAUACACAAGAGAGAAUUACAGAUAAAUGAGACGAAGAUGAAUGACUUUGAUUUAAAUUUGCUACCAUGGAAUUUAAGAUCGUUGAUUCAUGAGUUAUUAAAAUAUAAACAUGUUAAGAAGUUUAACUUAUUGAUUCAAUUAAUUAAAGAUUUGAAGAAUUGGCAACCGACAACUAAUAAAUUUAAGGAUGUUAAAUAUUCAUUUGAAGGGUUGAUUGAUGUUGAUUUAAAUGAACUAAUAUAA